GUUAAGCCACGGCCACACUGCUUGAAUUAAUAUGUUUCUGAAAUCACCAAAGUUUUAAUGUUUUUGUUUGUUCAUAAUUAAAAAUAUAUCAGGCAUUGGAAAGACACUCAACGAAAAAGAGUUUACUUUAAUUUGAAAAAGCUUUUGUAUGAAGUAAAAAUAUAUGUACAUAUCUUAACAAGCUAAUGCUGGUCAUAUGUUGAUGUGAUCUUUGUUUUUUAAAAUGACAAAUAUUGUUGUAAUACUGAGCUUUAUUUGCUACAUCGCCUCGAUCUCGAGCAGCGCACAGCAUUUAGCAUCCCCACCGAACAUCAUUCUAAUUCUGAACGAUGGUCAGGAUAUCGACUUGCACGGCAUGCAUCCGCUUCAACAGACAAUGCAACUGUUUAAGAUGUUUGGUAGUCAGUUGACACAUGCAUUUCCCACCUCUCCCAUUUGUUGUCCGUCGAGAGCAAGCCUCUUAUCGGGUCAAUAUGCCCACAACCACAAGACGUUCAACAAUUCAUUGAAUGGUGGUUGCAAUGGUCAGCAUUGGCUAAAAAUCGAGCCUCGAGCAUUGCCUGUACUAUUGCAACAGCACAACUAUCAAACGUUCUAUGCUGGCAAAUAUUUAAAUCAGUACAAGGGCGCUGAAGUUCCGCCUGGUUGGCAAGAAUUUCAUGGACUUCAUGGCAACUCACGGUACUACAACUAUACACUGCGAGAAAAUGCACAAAACGUCAGCUACACGGACACAUACUUAACCGAUCUUCUAACAGAGCGCGCAACUAAUUUUAUUCGAAAUACGAUUCGAAAAACCGGUACAACAACAUUUUUUGCAAUGAUUGCUCCACCAGCUGCACAUGAACCUUUUACACCAGCUCCACGUCAUGCCGGUUCCUUUGCCGAUGUUUAUGCUCUGCGUACUCCCAGCUUUAAUGUUCCACAUUAAGAUAAACACUGGCUCGUUGGGUCAUCCAAACAUCUGUCAAAUGCUGCAGUCUCCACUAUAGAUAAAUAUUUUCAAAAGCUAUGGGAGACACUUCUUUCAGUGGAUGAGAUGAUGACGACUUUGGUGGCUGUGCUGAACGAAACGCAGAGCCUUGCAAAUACCUAUAUAGUAUAUACGUCGGAUAAUGGAUAUGGACAGCCUUACGAGACUGACAUCAAGGUGCCUAUGCACAUAAUGGGACCAGAUGUGCCCAGCAAUGACGAAACAUUUAAUCCUUUGAGCCCAUGGCAACGACAAGACCAUUUAUCCCAAUGUUCUCCAGUCGCUGAAUGUCAUUGUCAAGAUGCUUGGAAUAAUACAUACGCUUGUGUUCGUGAUUUCCGGUACAAUCUCGAUCGUAUCUAUUGCGAGUUUCAGGACACCGAGCAUUUUGUGGAGGUUUAUGAUUUAUCAGAGGAUCCUUAUCAACUGACAAAUAUUGUGAAUGAUAUACUCCCAAUUGAACAAGCCACAUACAGUAUACUGCUCGAUAAACUUAGGAAAUGUGCUGGUAAAAAAUGCAGUGAGUAAAUUUCAGAUCAGGGUUGCAAGCCCCGAUGAUUGUGGAUUGAGUUUAUUCGGCUUUUUGACCUCUGUUGCGAAUC